CAGCGGUCGCGAAACCAACACGUCAAUAACGCUUGCGUUCACUGGACGUCACAGGCGGAGCGGGUUUGACAAUCACCUUCCCCGCGCGACCUUUGAGGCCAUCGCAGAGUCGUCAGAAUAGUUACUUUCUUAGCAUAGUGGCCGCGACUUGAAAAAAACGGGAGAAGACCGGGAUCUAAACGUCAUGCUCGUUCUGAUGUCCUGAUUUGGCGAUUAACUCCGGACCGGCGUGCACGGUGCGCGACUGCAUUUUAAUGGCGACGCAAAAGCAGCAGCUUCCUGGGGCUGCCCCGCCUCGUAAGGAGGUGCGUCUGGCCCGGUGGUACUUCGGGGGUCUGGCGGGAUCCAUGGCUGCCUGCUUCACACACCCCCUCGACCUGCUCAAGGUGCAUUUGCAGACGCAGUCAGUGGGACGCGUCAGCCUGGUGGGCAGCACGGUGACCAUCGUCCGUCACCAGGGUGUGCUGGCCAUGUACAAUGGGCUCAGCGCGUCUAUACUGCGACAGUUGACCUACUCAACGACACGGUUCGGCAUGUACGAGGUCAUUCGGCAGUACCUGGUUAAGCCGGGCGAGAACAUGAAGUUCUACCAGAAGGUCUUCGUUGCCGGUGUUGCGGGCGCCACUGGCGGCUUUGUCGGUACCCCUGCCGACAUGGUGAACGUCAGGAUGCAAAAUGACAUCAAGCUUCCUGCUGAAAGUCGGAGAAACUACAAGAAUGCACUGGAUGGCCUCUGGCGUGUCUACCGGCAAGAAGGCGCACUCAAGCUUUUUUCGGGAGGCGGCACAGCUACGGCUAGAGCUGUGCUCAUGACUAUUGGGCAGAUCUCAUUUUACGAGCAGAUCAAGCAAGCUCUGCUAGCGACCGGAUAUUUUGGCGACAGCCUAACGACACACUUUGCGUCCAGCCUAAUGGCGGCUGGCAUUGCGACGACACUAACACAGCCCUUGGAUGUCAUGAAGACACGGAUGAUGAAUGCUAAACCAGGCGAAUACAAGAGUAUAUUGCAUUGUGCCCUAGAAACGAAGAAAUUGGGGAUCAUGGCUUUUUACAAGGGCUACAUCCCUGCAUUUGUGCGACUGGGCCCACACACUAUCCUGACCUGGGUCUUCCUCGAACAAAUGCGCCUCAAUUUUGGCAUCCGCCGGUUGACGCACUGAUCUUGAAGCGCCUGCUUCACCAUGCUAGCAAGUUUGCGCAAAGGGUGUAUUGCGUCGACUCUGUGGCAAAGUGACCCACCAGCAAAGUGACUUGCUUGUCGACUUUGCACUGUUGCAGAAGCACCCCUUAAAUGAUAGUGAUGUCUUAGAGCCUGUUGACGUGCAAGAGGGUGUGGCGUCUGGGCAGGAAGUGGCUAGCUCUCUCACUUUGUUUUUAUACUUUCAUCGAUCAUAUAUCGCUGCUUCCGCUGUUCACGCUCAGGUGAGGUUGUCGCUGCCUUUGCACCUAUUAUUUUUAUUUUUACUAAUUCACGUUAUUUUUUUUACUGAGACUGUUAACCCGGUUUCAACACAUUGGUAUGCUUCAAGACGGAUAGAAAUUAUUUAGAGUCAUCGUGAGCCAUGUUGCGACAUCCAGUGCUUCAGUACAAGGAUGAUACGAAGUCCAUUGUACUGUGUUGCCUUCAUGACCGGUGCUUUUGUGUUUGAGUAAUUCGCACGCUAUCCCUUCAGCAGUCAUAUAAGAGCUAUGUAUGCCUUCUAAUGUACAAUGCAUGGAUGUCAAAUUGAUGUAACAUUUGAAAGAUGGCACUACUGCUACAAAUUCAAGGCUAUUUAUGGGCAUGUUGGCAGCACUACAAACACUAUCAAAUGAUUCUGAUUUGUUUCUAAAAGCAUGAUAUCAAGAGAUAAAUUUUCAGCCACCAAGCCUCAUGGUGAUGUUGGAAGUAAAACUUGUAACUUCAAGUGUUUUAGAGCAGUUUUUUCUGGUCUGAGGGCCAUAUUUGAAGAAUGUUGUUUAUGCUAUGGGGCACCAUCUGGACAUAAUUCUUAUUGUGAAAGCUGUGAAUAGAACAUCCUUUAUUAAAAAAUACACAAGAGUGCAAAACUCUAUGCCACAAUAGCAAGGUUCCCUGGUCUUUCUGUAUUUGUUUGCACAGCAGUGUUUUGUUUAAAAUUGUGUCGUAAUUUAUAGACCCAGGGCUGCCUUAGUUUGUUGAACCAUUUGAUUUCAGCAGCUACCAUGCAAAGGACUUGUGACUAGGCGUUCAUUGUGCUCAACACUAGUGGCCAGUGGAAUUCUCUUGGUCUGUCGCUGAUGCACGAAUGUUUUAUUUCUGCGGCCACAUCACGAGUAAUAAAACUUAGAAUGGCUUCUGUUGUCUAUUACCGUAUUUACUCGAUUGCAACACGAGUUUUUUUUCCAAAUUUUUGCUACCUGAAGUCGAUCCUUGCGUUACAAUUGAAUACCGAAAUUCAAGUUAUCUAAAAAGUGCAAUGAUGCACCCACUUCUAAUCAAUGAGUGAAAUAUGCGAGUGAAAGUGAAAUGUGCGAGUGAAAGCACGAGGGACGUGCACGUUCAUGGAGAGCAAACGCACGGCGAAGAGCAAACAUGGCGUCUUCCAUCGCGCGAAAGGCCGUGGGGGGUGGGAGGGAGCGGAGGCGGUGUUUAGCUGCGGCACCAAAUGGCGUAUCUUGCGAUCGGGCGCAAGGGUAACUGGCGACUCAAUCCCCCAGGCGAAAGAAGAAAAGCCGGAAGGCAGCGCGGGAGGGAAGGGCCACGGCUUCUACUCUGCCACCAACUGCGUACUUGUACUUUGCGCGGCUGCGGGCUGUCGCGCGCACCGUAUCUUGAACGCAAUCUCUACACGGCUAUUACCUUUGUACGUGCUGUGCUUUCGCCGCUUAGUUUCCGUUGAAGUGAUAGACCGCAUGAACUUUCACUCGCUGCUGCUGCUGCGCUUGCUCAUGACAGCAUUUUGACAGCAGUUGUCUGCGGUCGUCGAGUGGGAUUGUCGAGUGUUUACUUGUGCGCGCUGACACCAUGCUUGUUAAUUCAGUUAGUAAGCAAAUGUGUUCAAGUUUAUACAGCCUAUAAAACUACCAUCCUUAAUUGCUAUCGCAACUAUAAUUUGCUAUCGCAACUGAUGCUUCGCCUUUCGGGCGAAGCUGCGACUUUUUCAUGCAUCCAGUGGUUUUCUUCUUUUUUUUUUUUGCUGGACGCAACAAAACGUCACCCCUCGCGUUACAAUUGCGGUCACAUUACAAUCGAGUAAAUAUGGUAUCUGGCAUGUGGGGAUUUAGGUUUCUUGCACUGAUUUCUCAAGAUCUGCAGCAUGAGGUAGUUGUGAUGAAGUUCUUGUGCGACUAUUAAUUUAAUAUUCUGCCUCACAUGGCUUAUGUCAGGCGGAAUAAUCUUUGCAUUUAGCCUUGUCACCCAAGACUUCAUGUAAAAAGCAGCGCUGUGUAAAAUAAGUUGACAAUCUAUCGAUAUAUUAUCUGGCCGGGAAUUAUCAUGCGAAGUGAGAGAGACAUCAUCAAAGGUGAAAAAUUAUUAUAAAAGUGAAAUCACCUUGGUGAUUCAGUGUGAACAAGGCUUCUGUACGGGGGCCAAAACUUUGUUUCUCGUACUUCUUACCUUAGUUGGAGUGUAUACUGUUUCAUCGUUAAGCUGUUACCAUUACCACUGCCGCCCUGGCCUAUUAGCAUGUACUAGCUAGCACAUGUUACCAGUAAGCACUAGUGCUAUUGGUAAAGCUGUCCAUGUUAUCUGUUAUGCAAAGUUCCUUGGUUAUCUUCUGCAAGUUCAUACCUGCGCAUUACAAACUUCUUCAUGCUCUACAGAGAAGUUGUGAUGAAACUUCUACUUCUCGUUGAUCACUGCUAUUGAAUGGCUUUUUUUUUAAGGAGAGUCCUGACGCACAUCUUUUAAGCUGUAGAAAUUACCGCACGUUUCUUGCACAUAAAAGGACAUAAUGAGGUAUUCACCUUCUGGGUACUGAAGCUGAAAUUGGUUUGUAGAAGCAAAUAUUACAUUGGACCUCCUGGGUGCCACGCUAUUCUGAAUUCCACCAAAAAUGGCCCAAUUUAUUACGGCAGAAUUCAUUACGAAAAGCAGUGUAGACAAUAUUUUAAGCAUUUGCUUACCAUAUAGACUUGUGUAAGGACCACACUCCCAACUUGGCAGCCCAAAAUUUGGAGAGAAAAAAUUUUCAAUGGAGAAAGUGGUGUUCGGUACCCUGAUGCCACACGGGUGCAUCAGCGAAUUUUCGCUUGCUGCAUGCUUCCACGUACCGCUACUAGAUGGCGACAGUUGCGCCUUAACCUCUGAUGCAAUAGUACAUCCAGGGAUCCGGGGUGUGCACAAGUCAAGACUGCACCAGUGCCAUUUUGCCGAAAAAGGUUCAGUCCCGUGUAAAGUCCGCACCUCGUCAAAAUUGCAAAAAAGUGUGGCCCUUGUGUGAGGCUAUACGUUAUGCAAAAUGUCAACCAUUUAUUGCAAAAGUCAAGCCUAAUAGCAUUAUACAAGAAAACAAAACAUAUUGUUGACGAGAGAAAUGAAAAUUGAAAGAAAAUGUAAAAGGAUCUGCGACAAGCUAAGCUCAUCCUUGGCCAUUCUUACCAAAAAUGUGCGGAUGAACCCGGUUUGCCCAUGACAAGAAAGAGGUUAAAAUAUUUAGGAAACUCAAGUGCUCUUUAGUUCACGUUCCUAGCAUUUAGAGGUCUUGAACCUUCAUUUAAUGCAAAAGAAUGAUAUCAAAAUUGUCGUGUCGGAGUACUGGUAAAAUAUUCCGCGUUGUGACUCCUGUCGUAAAUGCUGUUCCAUAACAUUAACCUUGGACAUUCUUUUGCUAUUCCAUUUUUCAUGCUUAGACUUAAUUUGACUCCUUAAGGUCAUGUACUUCAAAGUAGGAGCUGAAUUCUGUAUAUACCAGGUUAGUUUGAAUGUAAGCUUUACCCCCUAAGCGUGAAAUUAAAUUAUGGCUUGACAGGGAGGGGGGGUCGGGGCCUUAAUUUUUGUGUUAUGUUGUAACACAUAUCUGCAAAUAUUUUUUCCUCUUAGUAUUGUUGAAACUGGUGACAGAUGCUAUAUUUUGCUGGCUAAUGUUUUAAAUUCCUUAUAAUCUCUCUGAAAGCAAUGUAAGCAUUCGAUUGAGUGUGUGACAGUGUAUGGCUGUGAUUUAUCUAGUCAGUUAUGUGGGCACAUUUAACAUUGUGAUCCCAUUGUAGAUGGGAUCGAGAUACCAUCUUUUUUUAGCACACAAAAAAAAAUGCUUUCUUUUCCUUGGAGUUUCAAGUUUGUCAGCACCUAAUUAAAAGUAAACUUUCUCGUCAACAAAAUCUCAUGCUGUCACAGACAUUGUCGCUAUUUGAAAUAAAAAGGUAAUUUCUCUUUUAAUAUUGGGUAUAGGGCACAGUUGCAUGUUUUGGGCUAUCAUGGUGUUUGAUAGAUGUACACCCGUGAGCAAAAGUAUACAGGCCACAGGGUCACCGAAAAAACUAAAUUUCUUAAGAAUUAACAUGCUUAAACUGAAAUGUACGAGUGCACUAGAAAGUUCGCAAUGCCAAGUUUGGACUGCAGUCCUCAAUUUCAAAUUGCAUUCGCAGGCAGUUGAAAAAAAUCUGCUUUAUCACGCAAUCCCUGGUCCGUAUACUUUUUCUCACGGGUGUUCAUGCCUUAAUGUUGUUUCUUCUCUGGGUGUGCGAUGAGUAACAAGUAGAUAUGAAUAGUUUUAAUUAAAGUGAAUUUCUGUUUCCAAUUACUCGCCUAUAUGUUCAGGUAUUAACAAGCAAUUACAGAUGUUUCAUCUUUAAUGUAUCGCUGCUUUCCGAGUUGUGAGACUGCCUUACUCAGGGCAUGUGCUGAAGUUGGUUGCUUCGCACUGAACAGUUUUUAGUGCUUGAGCAUGCAUCGCUAUUUGUGGUAUUCUGUGAAGACUUAAAAGCUGAAAAAUUCUAAGUGUUACCACAAACUAUGGCUUGUGUUGGCGAGUUUUUAAGCUGAUGCUUGCAGACAUUGCUUAACUGUUACGUUGUGUGCAACUAUUGGCCAUUUGGCAAAAUCUAACUUGCACACUACUGUGUGAAUGUGUUUGCAGACGGCAUGGCCGCUAAGAUCACAGAUAAGCUCCCAAUCUCGGAGGCCAAGCUGCAUGUUAGUCGCAAACUUGCUGACUAGAUAGAUAUGUAGGCCACCCUUUGUAUCAGGGUCUUUACAGGUGUCACCUUGCCGUGAAGAAAAGUUAAUGUGGUCUACAUUUCCUUUAUACCUGUGCGAUUGGGCCAUAGUGCCACCUUGAAAGAGGCAGCAGAAACGGGUCGUGACACAUGUUGUGCAGACCAUGAAAGUGAUGCCAAUUGUGACACCUCUUCAUUGCAUGUGAUGUGACAGCAAACGUGACAAAUUUUGUUGGAAAUGUGGAACAUGUGUGUGCAACAUGAAUUUUGCCGGGAAGGUGAGUCAUGCUUUCACGAAGCUCCGAGGUGCAGUUUGAAAAUUGCCCUAGUUAUCUAGUAACCUUGCUUGAGGUGGUAUAUAAAGGUGUCCUUACAAGGCUAGGCGAUGCCUAGAGGUUAGUAGAUAUGCAGGCACACGAGCUUGACAAUUGCUCUGACAUCCCAACUGCUCAAAAAAUGUGACCAGUUUGCACAUUCCAAGUCUUGUGUGGGGAUCAGCAGAUUUGUCAUGGCCAUUAACCGAAGCCAUCUUUCCUGCAAGUUAUUUAUCUUGAUGACCUAAUAUCAAAUGCAAGUUUGGCCACUGAAACGAUUUUUCUUUGUACAAAAAGUCAGAACUGUGAGAAACUUAUCGGUUUAAAUGGUAUAUGGCUAAACCGAUAUGACAUCUAAGGCUUGGCAUUUUAUGUUUUUGGUUUGUUAUUACUACCGUGGUGGAAAUGGUUACAGCAUGAUUACUAGAGCCUUGAGCACUCUUCGUAACUUCAGUCUCAUAUAUGCUGCGUUGAGAACAUACACGCUAAUUCUCUUUUCAGCAUUGUGUUAUGACUGUGUUCAUAUGCAUAUUUGCUUCUUUAAUUGUCUUUCCUGAGGGGACAACUUGAAGUCUGUGAGACUGUUAUAAUGUUAACUGAAGUUCUGCUAAUGUUUACUUAUAUUCUUGUACCUGAGUUUUUAUAUUGGUCAUGUAUUAUGCAUCCCUUUAUUGAUUUGUUAAGUUUGUAUAUUAUGUUUUUUUAUAACCUCUCAAGAGCAACGUGAAUUUGGUGAUCACAAGUUGCUUUAGCUGUACAAGAUAAUCACCUGUACCUUACACCAAAAUUGGUAUUUUAUUUGAGCAUAUCCCGCAUUUUAUUUGAUGGGUUUUAGAUAUGAAAAUAUUGUGAAUGAAUGCCAUUGUUUGUUAGUUUGUAGUAUAUGUUGCCUUGUGGGCAGCCCUCGGUGACAGCAGAUUGUGGCAGACAAAAUCUCACUCACUUUUUGUGUGCAAUUUGAAUUUUUUGUUGAGUGUCAUCUACCUAAACUUCAUGUCACAAGUCAUUUGCAGCACUGUGGAAGCUGCAAGACUCCUUAGCCAAUAGGAAGGCCGAAUGCCUCUCGAGAUGUGUUCAUCUGUGUCUUCUCAGCAUCUGUUGAAUUCGCGGUAUAUGACAUGCAUGUGCAAAGAUCCUAUUAUGUUAUGUAUCGCUGUAACAUAUCAUGAACCAAGCGAAACCGGAACUCUCUAACCCCUCCAUUAACCAGACAGUUACGCCUGAAACUCUAUUCCACUGUGUAAGGAUAUUAUCUCUGAAUGCCUCGUACCUUCAGCAGUGCUGCAAACGACUUGUGAGAUUGAGUGUUGUGAGCAUAUUUCGUUGUGAACAAAAAUCGUUGUGAACAUAUUUCACAACGAUUUUUAAGGUACCAUCGAAAGUGCAGCCCUCAGGCUGAAUGAUUUGCCAAGGUGCAGUUUCCACGAAAUGUUAACGCUGACAGUAAGAGGUCUAUUUGUGAGCACCCUUUACUGUCAGUUAGUUGUGGUAAAGUAACGAUAACCUAAGAGUUGACUGAUUUAUGCGGUUUAAAUACAGGUAUUUUAAAGAAAGGGCACCAUGGAGCAAUUUUCUAACAAGGUGUAGUAGAAGUACGCGCUUGUUUCUCAAUAAACAUAAGUUCUAAUGACAACUCGUUUACAUGUACCUUUCCUGAUUUUUUGGUUUUGUUUCCAUCGAAAGUAUAUUUGUGACUUGUGCAGCCAACUGCAUGAAAGAACUGAAGCAUAUAUUAGAGAACCUUAAGCUCGUUUUAUGCAGCAUUAGUAAAGCAUUUUUCGAAUUACACUUGUUCAUCAUUUUGAUGCUCGAGUCGUGAAAAUAUAGAGAUGUGAAUUGUAAAGCUGCACUCAUUUUCAUGAAAGUGUCUCCUCCCCUCUGUACACAUUACACUGUGAAAAAUAGUCUGUUCAAUUUAUGGAUUUGCCGUACAAUUGAUGUUGUACCUGUCUAGAACAUGUUGUUGGGCUAGUUGGUGCAUCUCCCAUAGCAAGAGCCACUGUGCAAAUAAACAUGACACGAACAGCCAUGGCCAUUCUCCUCUUGAUGUGAUUGGUUCCCAUCGGUUCUUGCACACCUUCUGCUUUUGCCUUUCUCAAAAUCGUAUGGAACAGGUUUAUGGGAUGAAAGUUACGGACCAAAACACUGAUUGAUGUGUUAAACCACUCACAUACAAGACUUUGUUUCUUACCAUGGCAACUUUGCUGUUCAUGUUUCGAUGACCAAACUGACCGAUCGCCAAAUACAAAAAUGUUUUUUUGUUGUAGCUAACUUAAUGUUAAGCCUAACCUAAUAAGAUCCACAAAGCUGUUUUGCACGGGAAUCCAUCUCUACAGCCUUUUCUUGAGUUACGGGACCCAUUCUGUGUAAUGUACGCAAUGAAUAUCACUUAUGUAAUGACAAAGAACAUCCAGACUUGGUCCUCAAAAAAUGUGGCUUUUCCUUGCAGGCAGCACAGUAAGCUAGCAAACUGUAGUAUGUUCCUUUGGGUUCUGUUCAUUUGCACAUUGGUUAUUACUACUGAUAUGCAAAGCUGUAUUCAAGUUUUGCAAGCUGUGAUGCAGCUCAUUGCUGCUUGUUGCUUGUGUUCUUGAAGAUACGCACAGUGCAUUUCUGUGGUGUGCUGAAGUUGCUACUUGUACCGUACUCUCUGAGCUGGAUAUCGUCGUCCCUUUGUAAUGUGUUGUUCAAAAGAGCUUGCGGACAGUGUUGCUGCCUUGCUCAUGUUGCUCUGUGCUUAGGAAUACUUCUAAUGUGAAGAAAGCUGUCUUUCAAAGCUCUAGAAAUGUAGACCUAGCAAAGAACAAUUUGUUGGCGGUAUUUGCUGUUGUACUGUAUUCUAGCAUUGCAUAGUUGUUGGUUCGAGAAUAGAAAUUAUUCAGGGAGUAGGAUUUGUACUGCUAGACCACAUUUGAAUGAAGGCACCAGAACUGCAGCAGAAGGAGGUAAAUGGAUUCAAGAACAGAAUUGGGAAAUAAGUAAAAGUGUCCACGACUGGCCUUAGUCAUAGAAAUUGGCGUUAAUGUAUGCAGUCAUUAAUCAUUUUUGUCUUUGCAAGAAGCACUCAAUUAUUCUUUGAAAGAAUGUUGGCUUGGCAUGUUUGUAUUUCAUUGUAGUAGACCAGUGUACAACACUGUUCCUGUGUUGUGUGCUGGUCUUCUACAGUGCAAUAUAGACAAUCUUGACUGUCAAGCAGACUAUUCUUGCCUGCAAAUAUGAAGGCGUCUGCAACCUUGACACAAUAUUGACUUCUCUGAAAGUGAGCUCAGCGAGUGAAUACGUGUGUACAUGUGAACCCAGCAACCUGAACGCAUUGUGUUACACAGUAUUGUUCCACAACAACUGUGCUUCAUUUUAUAGUGGAAAAGGUAUGUUUUGGCAUACCUAGGCAUGGGAGCACUGCUGUCCUGUCACUUAACUACUUCAUACUGGUAGCUAGUAUUUAUGGUGCACCGUGAGAUCUCACCAGACAAUAGGGAAAAGCAGCACAUUCUGGACAUGGUGUGAUUCACCUAGGCAAUGAAAAAGAUAAUGCCAUGUUGUUUAACAGAACUUAAGAGCAUGCAAGGCUGUCUCACAGCACUGAGAACUAGUAAAAGCAUCAACUGUUACGAGAAUUAGGCAUGUGGAUAUAAACGGUGGCAGAAUUUUCCAUUUCCGUACGUGUGUACAUGUGAACCCAUUUACUUGCUCCUCAAAUUAAUGGCUCGAGCUUGAGUAAUGUAUCUCUGAAGGUGGUGCUAGCCAUCUAGUCGAUGGACUUAAGUUCCAAUGCCAUGGUGCACAUUCCUAGAGUAUUUAAAAGCAUGUCAUAACUCGGCUUCGGUGCAUCUGAUUUAUGUUGAGCAAUUACUACAUUGCAGUUCCGGAAGUAAAGCAUUCCUAUAGAAUCUAAUAAUAGUGAGUACACCAUGGCAUUCAUUUUGACCAUGAUAAUUGCAUGGCGAUUGGGCAGCAUCAAAUAGACAUGCCGUUUCUGUAUGUGUUUUAAUCGGAAGUAUAAUGGAAAUGUGCUUCAUGUGGUUGUUGUUUCACCCUUGCUUGUGGUUCUAUGAGGCGUUCUGCAAGGUAUUCUAGGAAAGCGUUACCACAAUUGCUUCUGCUAUUUUGAGUGCAGUGUUGUUAUCCCUGUCAUACCUGCCAAGUCUGCCGGAUUACCUGGGAGACUCCCGGAUUUGGACUGUUUCUUCCGGUUGUACGGUUGACAGGAAAGUCUUCCGGAAAGUGCAGUUAUGUUCCGUUUCUAUCCGCGUCCAGCGCUUUGUCAGGCCACAUUGGCAAAAAGAAUCCAAUCCAGUUGGAAGUUCAUCGCGCAAAAAAUUUUUAAGAAAGUAGUAGGGAAGCCCUACCUAUACAUGUGCUAUUUUGCGCGGGAUCGAAUCCUGGCCACGGCGGCCGCAUUUCGAUGGGGGCAAAAUGCGAAAACACCCGUGUACUUAGAUUUAGGUGCACGUUAAAGAACCCCAGGUGGUCUAAAUUUCCGGAGUUCCCCACUACGGCGUGCCUCAUAAUCAGAACUGGUUUUGGCACGUAAAACCCCAUAAUUUAAUUUAAUUUUAACAUGUGCUAUUUUGUUAACUGCAGAGCCAUUCCUUACGCUGAUGGGGUUGUUGGGUGCCCUAGUAGCCCUAGCCUCAUUAAGCUAGUGGGCGAAUGCCGCGUUCCGCCACUAACAACAAUAGACUCGCCAUCAUUCUCCUCAGCAUGAGCUUUUCAGCAUUGCGUAGGCCCACGGCAGUCAUGGCUUUAAAAGCAAGGAGUGCUAGCGCAAAAAGUGUCAAGUAUUUUAAUGUAGUGCUCAGCCGAAGUGACGCUGGGUAUUUUGUUGAUACCACAGAGUAAUGCAGAGUGCAAGUGGCAAUUUAACAUCGGGAAAAAUACGAGGACGCAGUGCCGCUCGUCCAUGUGUCGCUCAUCUAAGACGCUGGGAAACGUUAUCCUCGAGUAUGUGAAAGAAAUGAAAUUCUUACAAUCAAUCAUUAUCUGAAGAAUUUUUGAACACCUGCUGUGAUUGCUUAGUGGCUUUGGAAUUGCGCUGCUAAGCACGACUUCGCGGGAUAAAAUCUCGGCCACGGCGGCCGCAUUUAGUUGGGGCCGAAAUGCAAAAACGCCCUUGUGCCGUGCAUUGGGUGCACGUUAAAGAAGCCCACGUGGUAGAAAUUAAUCCGGAGUUCCCUACUACGGCGUGCCUCAUAAUCAGAUGGUGGUUGUGGGACGUAAGACCUGAGAAUUUAAAUGAAAUUUUAAAGAAUUUUGAUGGCAGAAUGAGCAACAACGAAAUGCUUGCAAAAGUGAGACAUUGAUGUUCACGUGGUCAGUUGUAUAUCUGUAAAUAAAAUUGUAAGGAAGUUCUCCUGUCAGUACUUGAAAAUAUAGACGUCAGGGGGGGGGUGUAAACGAUUGACUCCCCCCUCCCCGGUCGGAAGAUCUCCCGGAUUGAGUUUCUUCGAACUUGGCAGGUAUGCCCUGUGGUCACCAGUAUGCAUUCAUACUUUGAUGUUUCUCUGUGGGCAUGUGAGCACUGCACCACUUCUCAGAAUUGCAUCAAAUAAAGGACAUAGUAUAUGUUGGUUUGCCAUGAAACCUGCUCCUUUGGAGGUGGAGUUUCAGUUUCAAAAAAGAGAGAUAAAACUUGGGUAUCAAUAGAGUGCAUAUUUCUCUGUGGUUUUGCUUGUGUGUGUACUACCAGUUGAGCAUUGUGAAAUGACAAACAUUAAUAUAUUUUUGUAACACUAUUCUUUCUCUCGUUAAAAGGAGACUAAGAAAAUUUUAUUUUUCUCUCUUGUUUGGGUUGCUCUAAUGCGCAUUGGGGUGGGACAUAUAAGGCACAAAAUCAGCGCUUGCAUAAGUGUAUUUUUGUACAGUGUUGCCCGGUUAUGCAAUAAUAAAUGUUGUGGUGGUCUU